UUCAACUGUGAAGGAAAUCAUUGGGAUACUGUAGAAGAUGGAAAAUAAUGAGUCGAAGAAGGAGAUUAGAAGUACAAAUGAGCUUCAACAAUACGGAAACACCAUUCUCGACAUUGAAAAUAAUGGCCAUGGCAUAAAGGAUGAAUCUACCAAAGAGAUUAUUAGUAGUGGUGAUUUGUUCAUGGUUGAUUAUACAAGCGAAUUUAUCACAUAUGACAUAUACAAAAGCAAAGAAGAUUUGAUUUCCUGGGCUCGAGCAGCUGCCAUACGAACUAGACAUGUCCUUACAAUUAGAGCAUCUGAUGUUGGUGGAACCGGUAGGAAGCCACGAAUUUUGCUUGCGUGUGAACGGUUUGGUUCAUAUAGGCCAGUGAUUAGUAAUGAGACAAAAAGUGUCAAAAAACGUAUGUGCACUGGUACAAAGAAAUGUGGUUGUCCAUUUUUACUGAGGGGAAAAACAACUGCAAAUGGGGAUGGUUGGAUUUUGGAAGUCAUUAAUGGAAAGCACAAUCAUCCCUCUGCAAUGUAUUAUGAGGGGCAUAGUUAUGCUGGGAGAUUGACCCAUGAACAGACGGAGCUUUUGGUUGAUAUGUCUAAGAAUAUGGUUAUGCCGAAGGAAAUUCUUUGCACCAUAAAACAGAAAGAUCCAUUAAAUGCAACCACACUUAGGACUAUUUACAAUGCACGACAUAAGCACAAAGUCAUUGAAAAGGCGGGGAGGACGCAAAUGCAAUAUCUUUUGGGUAAGCUUUCUGAGCACAAGUACUUUGAGUACCAUAGGGCUUCUACUGAUGGUACUGACACAGUCGCUGAUUUGAUUUGGGCUCAUCCGAAAAGUAUUGAUUUGCUACGUACUUUUCCACGUGUGUUAUUGUUAGACUGUACAUACAAAACAAACAGAUAUCGCAUGUCAUUAUUAGAGGUUGUCGGAGUUACAUCAACUAAUCUUACAUUCUCAGUUGCAUUUGCCUAUCUAGGAAGAGAGCGUGUGGAAAACUAUUUAUGGAUACUCUUGAGGCUUCGAUCAUUUAUGGAGGAUUAUGGGUGCGAUCUCCCAUCAGUUGUUGUGACGGAUAGAGAAUUAUCUCUUAUGAGUGCCAUUGAGUCUGUUUUUCCUAAUGCUAAGCAUUUAUUAUGUCGUUGGCACAUCAACAAAAAUAUUUUGGCAAAGUGUAAGAAGAUGUUUCGUGACAAGGAAACAUGGAAUUUGUUUAUGAGUGUAUGGGGUACUGUGGUUGCAGCAAACACUGAGGUGGAAUAUUUGCGGAGAAUAAAUUAGCUAACGACCACCUUUAGCCAUACUCCUACUGCUGUUGCGUAUGUCUUUGAUACUUGGUUAAAUCUAUACAAGGAGAGGUUCAUUGCUGCAUGGACCAAUAACUGUACGCAUUUUGACAAUUUGACUACAAAUAGGGUUGAGAGCGCACAUGCAAAGCUUAAGAAACAACUGGGUUGUUCACUGGGUAAUUUCGAUUCUUUAUGGUCGAAAAUUCAUUCACUUCUGGAGUUGCAUUUUACUGAGAUAAAGGCCUCAUUCGAGAAGAGCGCAACUGUAGUACAACACAAGUUUAGGCCUUCACUCUUUAAAGAUAUCCGGGGAUUAGUAUCCACCUCAGCACUUGAUCUGAUUUUAGAGCAACUUCCUUUUGUAGAGAGUCUUGGGGCAUCAACAGAGUUGUGUGGUUGUUUGAAUAGACGCAUACACGGUCUUCCAUGUGCUCAUGAGCUCGCUCACUAUGUGAGAGAUGAAGUUCCGAUCCCUUUAUCAGCUUUGGACACUCAUUGGAAGAGGCUUCACAUAAUCCCACGUGAUCAACCACAAAUUCCUGACUUUAUUCUAGAAUUAAACAGGUUCGUGGACAAAGUCAUGAAGGAAGAUAGUGCCAAGUGGCCAUACUAUGCAAGAAAGAUUCGAGAAAUUUUCGAUCCCAAUACAACACACUUGGUAGAGCCUAAAGAGAAGGUAAAGACACGAGGUAGAGUUUCGAAGAAGGACAAGUCAACACGCCGAAAACCAUCUGCAUUUGAGCUUGUUGAUGUUCCAUGCGU